CUCAUGCUUGUGCUGUGAGAGCGAGAGUGAGAGCUCGGCAACUCCCGCACUUCUCGAUUGACGUCGUUGUCGAUACCGAAUGCGCGAAUAGCUACAGGCGCAAACACCAUAUCCAAAACCACUCAUUAUAUAUUGACGAUAACAGCGUUGUCGCAUACAUCAUGCUCCCUCUAGGACUUCUCACAGCCGCUCAAGGCCACCCUAUGCUGGUCGAACUCAAGAAUGGCGAAACUCUCAACGGACAUUUGGUCAGCUGCGACACAUACAUGAACCUCACCCUGAAGGAGGUCAUUCAAACGAGUCCCGAAGGCGAUCGCUUCUUCAGACUACCCGAAUGCUACGUCCGCGGCAAUAACAUCAAAUACCUGAGAAUGGAAGACGAAAUCGUGGACCUCGUCAAGGAUCAACAAGCCAGCCAACAAGCCGCCAGAGGUGGCCGUGGAGGUGGUCAAGGAGGCAGAGGUGACCACAGUGGACGCGGUGAUCGUGGUGGUAGAGGAGGUCGCGGUGGUCGUGGUCGUGGUGGCAGAGGCGGUCGUGGUGGUUGAACAAGCAGACUUGAGGAACAAGAGAGAGACACAAACAGCUCAAGCCGAGUCCAGUCAUGACGAGAAUGGAGGGCAUCUGGUAUUGAGGCAUACGCGCGAAUACGUGCGACCGCGUAAUGAGCGCAGGAUCGGCGUACGCGAACGAACAAGGGGAUCAGAUACCCAUAGCAUGGCUUG